GACUUUUUUGAAUGAUGGGAAAUUGUCUGGGACAGGACAGAUGUGGAAAUGGGAAUGAAUGAAGGUGGAGGUGGAGAAUAACAUGGACGUUAAUGAUUUAGUUAAAACGACCAGCUUACGAAGAAAAGCCACACUUAACGUCACAUUUUGUGUGAAGAAAGAAAGAAAUGCGUCAUUUAAGAAGGUUUCAAGAAUUUUACAAAAGCCGGAAAGUGAGAGGACAGAGGAGGAAAAAGAAGUUUUGCUGUCAUGUGCCGAAGUGGUGAAAGAAGUAACCACCAGGCUGGAGAAACGCAAGGUGCUGAAAGCUCGGAGUGAGGAGGUCGAAGACUCGCGGGAAGUGCUGGAACAGAAAUGUGAGAUGUUGGCAAGAGCUGUAAAGUCUGCAAGACAUCUGGUGGUAUACAGCGGCGCUGGCGUGUCUACUGCUGCUUGUAUACCGGAUUAUCGUGGCUCAAAUGGUAUAUGGACAAGGCUGCAGCAAGGUUUGGACAUUGGUGAGCACGACCUAAGUAAGUCGCAGCCCACCCUGACUCAUAUGGUUUUGUACGCAUUGUAUCGCCGAGGCAUCAUUAAACACGUCGUAUCACAGAACUGUGACGGACUGCAUCUGCGUAGCGGACUGCCACGAGCUUCACUCAGCGAAGUUCACGGCAACAUGUACCUGGAGGUAUGCCAACCUUGCAAACAGGAGUACUGGCGGUUGUUUGACGUCACUGAGCACACCGGCAGGUACACACACGCGACAGCACGACGCUGCUACAAGUGUCACAAACCUCUGCGCGACACAAUCGUACACUUUGGCGAGAGAGGGGCGCUGCGGUGGCCCAUAAACUGGAGUGGGGCAACGGCAGCGGCCAACCAGGCGGACGUUAUACUGUGUAUAGGCUCCAGCCUGAAGGUGUUAAAAAAAUACACAUGGCUUUGGGGAAUGGAUCGGCCCGUAAAGAAGAGGCCGAACUUGUACAUCGUUAAUUUACAGUGGACGCCGAAAGACGAACAAGCAGCUCUGAAGAUCAAUGGCAAAUGUGACGAGAUUAUGUCAUUGGUGAUGUCAAAGCUGAACAUUCCGAUCCCAGAGUACGAUCCAGAGCUUGAUCCGAUCUUUGCACACGCAACACGACUGAACGCUGUAGAGACGCACACGCAUAGUACGGCUGAACUACGGUGGCCAGAGGGGUUGAAGGAAGAGGAGGAAAAGAAUAAAGAGGAGAGCGGAGAGUUGAAACAGACCAGUGGAGAAGCAGAUACAAAAGUCCAAAAGAAAGUAUGUGAUGGUUCGAUCAAACUCGAAGUAAAAACAGAAAAAGUGUCUGCCGAGGAGACUGAGAAAAACGAAGAGGAAAUCUGUACAACAGACAGUCAAGAGGUGACGAAUAAUACAAGUAGUGAGGAACGUAAAAGUACUGAGGGAAAAGUCAAUAUAAAAAUGGAGGUGAAUGAUAUUGAAAGCACUGUUGAGCUCAAAGUGGCAAAAACAGAGGGACUUAGUGUGGAUGUAAAAACAGAACCUGGUGACAGCAAAGCUUGCAAUCAAAUUGAUGAACCGAAACCUGAUUGUCAAAAAUCACCCUCAAAAGGGAUUUGGCGGCCGUUUUCUUUUGACGACGUAGAAAACUGUCCGUCUUCCUCAGGGGUUGCUCAAUUCAUAGAAAUUAAGACGGAACAAUAUUCUAACAAUCCAAACUCCUCCACAUCGUUGAAUUUUUUGAAGCCCGAUUUGCAAAGUUCAAAAUUUCUUUUGCACGAUCAAAACGUUAAAAAAUGCUCGAUACAAAUAGAACCCUUGGACCUUUCUUGUGGGAAGAAGAGCGAUACUGAAAAGGAUAAAGAGAAUCCAUACUUUUGUAAGUACUGUAGAGUACAUUAUCACUCCGGGUUUUGUCUUUUCUAUCGGAAAAUGAGUUCGGAAAAUCCACCGGACCCGCCUUGUUACUGUUGUGACGAGGAAGACGAGAAAGAUCCACUGAGUCCGGAAGUCGAUGGGAAAUCGACUGACGAAUCUGAGAAAUCGGCCGCCAAAGUUCCUAUAACCAAUCCAGGCUGGUUUGGUAAAGGUUGUCGUAAGAAAAUACGGAAAAAAAGAUAGUACAAAAGGGCCAGACUCUUACAGUCGGAAGAAACCGAGUUGUGAGAUCAGCUGAUCUUGACUGAAAUCGGCCAAAAAUUAUGUAAUUUUUUUAACUUUAUUUUUCUAUGAUUAUAGUUUUGCUGUGAUGGCGCUAAGACACUAUCUGUCUGCAUAGUUGAAUGCUUUUCCAAUAUUGUUUUAAAUUUGAUUUAAUGAUCUCAAUUUUAAUGAAAUAGAAUGGAUUAUUGAACUAUCUUGUUAUGAACAAUCACGUUUUAAGAAAUUUUUAUUAACCUUACUGUCCUGGACAGAACCAAUAUAUUUAUGUAUGUUUGAUUUAACAUUACAGGCUAUAGCUUGUCGAAAACUUAUUUUUUUAAGAUACUAUUUUGAUGAAAUACGCUAAAUAUCGGGUGCAUAUUUAUACUGGAAUUGUACAUAGUAGACGGGUAAAAUUUUAUCACAGCUAUCUAUCGUGUAUGUUAGGGCUUAGUUUUUACAUCUGUGAAAAUAUUAGGAAUUUUAACAAAGUUUUAAUGUUUGUGGUCUUCAUAUUUGUUUUUGACUUUGUACAUUAAAUCAGGGCAUUUAAAUGGUUCAUUCUGAAGUUAAAUGAAAAUAUAUACAUAAAAGAUAAAUAAUAUUAAAAAUAAUUGAAGCCAUAUGUGUAACUAGACAGACAUAAAACAAAACAUUUAUGUUUGUCACGAAGCAUCUCAAAAUUCCAGCCGAGCUGGUGACGUCAUUAUAUCAUAAAUACUAAUAAAGAAAAUUCUCUGAUUAUUGGAUACUGAAGUAGACAUUCCAUCUAGAUAUGGAUAUAGACUUAAAGAAUUAAAUGUAGACCGACAGCAGUGGCUGCGGUUAGCAUAUGUUCAGGCGCCCACCGCUAGGAGUGUUAUGUAGUUAUAGCGCACAUCGCUGCAGUGUCUGCUGGUAGCAUGCGGUGAGGAUCCAACAACGGCAGCGAAUCGAACACCGAGCAUGCUCUAGCGGCACUGCGGAACUUUCCUUUGACAGUCUAUAUUUAUUCUAUUUGUCUAUGAUAUGGACAAGCUCUCGCCAAUUUUCUACACAGAAUGCACCAGUGUCUAAAAUUCGUUUUUCUACCUUAUUUUUUAUUGCUGUAUCUAUUUUUUGUAAUUUGAAUGCUCUGGUUUAACGGUUUUGACUUUCAGUAUUGUCCAGAUACUAAAGUAUCUGGUAGAUUUAGAGUUUAGAUAAACAGUGAGCGUGUUGAAAAUGGGUUUUAUAAAAUUAUAGUAUCAGUUUUCUCAGGGUUUUAUUUAAGGAGAUAGUUAUAUUUAAUAAAUUACAUUCAUUGUUAUAUUUAAUUUUCAUAAAAUGUUUACGUGGUAAUACAAAUAUUGGGAUUGAAAACACUAUAGACAUCCCAGAAACAAAAGAACCCUGGGCCUUUUCGAGCCGCGCAGGUAUGAAGGGUACGCCACACCUACCGGUGCGAACCAUGUGAUCUUUUCGUUUCUGCGCAGGUUGUUUUGUUCUUGGGAUGUCUAUAAUUUUUAUUAGGCUAUAGAUUUAGUUGUACAAAAAUGUUAUUUUACACAAUAAGUUUAGUUACUAAAAUCUUAGCUUUUUUGUAAAUUUUAUUUUCAAUUUGUCAGGGAUAAAUGCAAAAAUCCCUUGAAAAAAGAUUAUAUACACAUUUUUCCACAGAUUUAUAUUUUUGUUAAGAGAACCUAUUUCACAUCCACUGUAUGUGAUAUUUUUGUUUUGUCUGUUAAGUUGGCGUGUGUUUUCUUUUCUCAGAGAUCUCAUGUUUUCAAGUCAUAAUCAGUACUGAUAAAAUACUAGGUUGCUAUUUAGUUUUAUUUUCAAUGUAAAAUGACAUAAUGGUGUUUUAUUGUACAAACUGAAUUUCUUCUCUCUGAAGAAUAGCAUUGUGUUAUGUCUUUCAGCCAUUAUUGUGUUUCUGUAAAAAACUGUGAAUUUUUUACUAGUAGCCUACAUAGAUUAUGAUGAUGAAAGCAAUAAUCCUAAUUACUAACCAUGAAUAGGCGAUUCAUAAUAAACUGUUCAAUUGCAUCAUGUGAAAUAUUUUACCGUUGAUUUAGUGCAUGCAAGCCAUACAUGGCUAUAUAUAGAAACCCAUGCCUUUGACCUCUGGGCGUUUUGUGUGUUUUUUUUUUUCAAAGAAAUUUCAGUAGGCCUGGAUGAUUAAUUAUCAACUGGUAUUGAUGAUAUAAAAUAUUACUUUUGACUUUGGAUACUGCUGGUAAACUCCCAUUGUAAAAUCUGAAGCUUGUUUCAGCUUGGAUUCCAAGUCCGUAAACACUUGAGUUAGUUGAUGUAGAAUAAAUAAUGUCUGUAAUUUUUUUUAAGGUAGGCUUAAUCUUUAUAGUGAGUUCUUACUCUUUAGUUUGAGAUUGCUCUUUUUUGUCUCCAUAAAAUAGUGAUUUGUAGAGGAGACCUAUAAAUAUUUAAAAAAAUAUUUAAAAUAUAUUUAAAAUAACCUAUAAAUAUUUAAAGAUAAAUCUCCGACCAUCAGCACACUCAAGCUUACUGGACUUAAACAUGCCUACGUUUAUCUCGAUUUGGUCUGAAAGGAUGAAAUAAAUGUAUAAGGAUAAAGAGAUGUUUAAUAUUAAGAGUGUCCAUCUACAGACCACUGAAACUUAUAUCAUAAAAUGGUAAUAAUGUUGAACUUAUUCUUCAACGGUUUUGAGUACUAAGGCUAUAUUAACACAACUGUAUAGUCAUUAUUAAUUGUAUAUUAACAAAAGGUAAUGUUGUUUGGAGGUAUCCUGAUCAAUACGUUACAUUAUGUAUGUUACAAUAUUUACACCUUAACAUUGAUUAAAAUUGAAUCCAAUUCCUUAAUUUAAAUUUGAACCAGCUUAAACAUUUUGCAAGAUAUACACUUUACCAUCAAUUUAAUUCAAAAAUCUUGAUUACAACUCUUGCACUAAGAGCGCUUGAACCAUGAAUUAAAAUCGUAAGGGUUCUAUUUCAAAUUUUUUUAAAUAUAGCUUAUCCUGAUCUUGAUAUUAUAGUUUGCUAUUGUUUAACAUUAUAUUUUAAUUUCUAUUUAUUUUCAAGUUGUAAAAGUAAAAUUUAUCUUGAUAAAUUUAGUUCAUCUAUAGUAAUACACAGCUCAAAUGGUUUCAUUUUGUUAAAACUAACUAGAAUGAAAGAAAUGGAGUGGUAAGUAAUUUGCAUAUUUUUGAGCGUGAGGAAUUUAAUUAGCACAGUAGCCUAUAUUCAGGUACACAACAGUUUACUUUUAAAGCUUGUUUGUAUAAUUAUAAAAUGAUGAUUAAAUAUUUACACACACUAUUUGUCAUGAUAGUCAAGUUACUUGUUUACUUCCAAAAACCCAAAAUUUCUUUUGGAGGCUAAACCGUUUUGUCAAAUUAUUUCACUCUCAAACACAUUUCAUCCUUUUUGUAGUCUCUGAAUAUUAAAAGGUAUAUACACUUUUCUUACGCUCCUUUCACAGUAUACAUUUUCUGCCGUCUGUUUAAAACCAGUAGGAUUUUACGUUGUGUCUGUUUAUUUUACAUUAAUAGGGCAUUCUGGUUCAGUGGCAGUGGACGGGCACGGUUUUCUGCCAUUGCCUCAAUCAUGUAAUGUGAAAGCGCUAAUGCUCUUUUUACACCACUAACAAAAAAUUACACUUAUGGUUUUUGUUUUUAGCCAUAGAGAAAAAACCGUACAUACUAUAAAAGGAGCGUUACUCUCACAGAAAAGCAUAAUGCAAAAAUAAAAAUAAAAUUGAACACGUGUAUAUAUUUUUUAAAUUCAAACAAAAAUACUCCUGCUGCAGCAAAUCUGCAGACUAAUUAAUUUCUAUUUAGACCCCUACAUAUAGCUUAAUUUUUACAAAAAACUUCUUUUAACAAUGUCUGAUUUAUUUCCUAUUUAAAUAACAUUAGAUUAUAGUGCAGUACUACAUUUGUAAAAAAACCUUGGGUAGCCUACAAGAGCCGAGGGAAGAAGACUUGGGUACAAUUUUAUCUUUUCAUCUUUGGGUAAAUUACAAAUUUAUCUACAUUCCAUUUCACAUUCUAGUUAGCCCAUCUGUGUUAUUUAGUGUUGGUUAUUUGUUUGUGAGAGUCCAUUAAAUGUUCCUUAUCUGAUAUUAUUCUUUUAUAGCAUAUAUUGGCUAGAUUAGUCUUGUUUAACUGGUCGGUAAUUGUUCUGGUUCAGUUUUAUGUAUGAGUGACUGUGAAAUUGUGUUCUGAUUGUCCUUAGAACUAAGUAUAUUGAUAAAUAAUAUCAUUAAUAAUA